AGUCCACCAAGCAUCGACUUCUCCUCACCAGCAACUAAACAACCAACCUCUUCACUAUUAUUCCAUAUAACCUUGCCAGCCUCGACUCCUUCAUCUAUCCAUCCUUCUACAUCAACCAUCAAUAUGCAAUUCCUCAGCCUCGUCCUUAUGGCUACCUCAACCCUGGCCAUCCCCGCCAAGCUACCCUCCAAGGCCCCAGCACCAACAUGUAUGGAAAAGGGCACAAAGGUUUCUGAAUGGAAACUCACAGACUUCGUCUACAACGUCCAGAAGAGCACAAACACCGCCACAGUCGAGUUUGACCUCCACAACGCCGCUCUCGACUACACGGCCAACUGCUACGGCAAGUCAGUCUCCAAGAAGGCCCUCUUUGACGGCAAGACCGACUACACCUGCAAGGUCCCCAACGGAGCCGACUCUGCCACCUUCAAGUACAACCACAAGAAGGGCGUCAUCUCCAUCUUCCAGCACUGGGCCUGCGUCCAGGAGGGUGGUUGGUUCGAGGCCAUUGGCAACAGGACUUCUACCGAGACCAAGUCUAACUGCCACUCUACGACCAAGUCCGAGACUUGCACAAAGGCCUCCUUCACGGUCCCCGUUCUCGAGAUGCGCGCAGUCUUGUAAGAGGCGGAACCGCGACAUCAUCUUCUUUUCUUUUGCGGCAGCCUUUUCCGACAAACAUUUUUAAUAAUAUCUAAGCGCAAGCUUAUGGCGUUGGGGCCAUGACCCUUCUUUCAUCCACCACUAUGCCGAAACGACGGCUGGAUAGGAUCUAAUUUUAUGAUCUCCAUGACAUUCAUUUACGACCAAUACCCACGACGAGGUAGAAGACUCGGGGAAAAGCUGGUACAGCAGCAGUUUUAGACAAAAUGGAAUAAUUUGCAUUGCUGA